AUGUUACAGCUUUUGGCGCUGUUCGACGACGUUUCCGCGUUGUCACAGCUGGAGACCAGCAAUCUCGAUCCGUCGUACUUCGACUUCGGUCUCUACGACGAGCCUCGAUCGCCGAGAAUCGAGGAUCGUCGCGAGAAAAAGAUCGAGGACCAUCGACAGGCGUACACCAAGAACGAUCACGACGAAAAGAGCCACGUAUUCGCCGUGCCGAAAGUCUACAACUGCAUGUACUGUUGGAAACGAUUCUACAGUCGUACGGCAAGUCACAGGCAUCAGGUUUGCCAUGCUAAACGGCAGCUGAGAUGUCCUUACUGCAAGACAAGAUCCUACAGUAUCAGCGCUCUACGCAGACAUUUCGAAUAUUUCCAUCACUGCUCGCGCAGGAGACAGAUCCUGAUCGAGGCACAGUGA